CCCUUUCCUCCCUCCUUCCUCCCCUUCAUAUAUAACCACCCCCUUCAACCCAUCUCCAAUCUUUCCUUCUUCUCCUCCUCUCCUUCUCUUAGUUUUCAAACAUGCCUGCUUGGUGGAGCAAAAAGUCAAGCAAAAGUAAUCACAAAGAACAGAGCCCGAGUCCGACCCGGAACCCGACUUCAACGACAGCUACUCACAGCUUCUAUAAGGUAUCGAGCAGAGAAAAAAACGAUAGUAGAAGCAAGAAGAGCGAGCCCAACAGGCCCAGGAGCUUCGAUGACGGGUAUGUGGUGAGGAAUUCGCCGCGUGAGAGCAGGGAUUUGAGUGGAAAUAAAGCCGGGUCGUCCGGGUUUUCGGGUUUUGAAUCGGAUUCAUCCGGGUUGAAAGGACACCCUUUGCCGACACCUUCGGGUUCCAUGCAGAGUGAUCACGGAGUUGGGCUGGCGUCCGGGUCGGGUUCAGUCUCGAGUGUCAGUUCAUCCGGGUCUUCUGAAGAUCAUCAUGUUAUUGGAAGUGAUCAGGGUCAAUUUGGUGGUGGUUAUAGGUCAUGUGGUGAUCCAAGGUUUCAUGGUGAUGGUAAGUUCAACUUGAUGCCGAGAAGUCCAGGUCCUGGGUCAAGAGGGCCGACAAGCCCCACGUCGCCUCUGCUUGCACGGUUGUCGGGUGUGAGUAUUGAGUCUCCUACAGAUGGAAAAUCUCAAUGUCAUCGGCUGCCUCUUCCCCCAGGUUCUCCUACUAGCCCUUCUGCUUUGCCUAGCUCAAGAGCAAGUGGAGCGAUUGAAAAUACUCUGUCUAAAUGGAAGAAAGGAAAGCUUUUAGGAAGGGGGACUUUUGGCCAUGUUUACCUUGGAUUUAAUAGUGAAAGUGGGCAGAUGUGUGCGAUAAAAGAAGUUCGGGUUAUUUCUGAUGACCAGUCAUCUAAAGAAUCUCUUAAGCAACUAAACCAGGAGAUAAACUUGCUCAGUCAGCUUUCACAUCCAAACAUAGUUCGAUAUUAUGGAAGUGAAUUGGCUGAUGAAACACUCUCAGUUUAUUUGGAAUAUGUCUCUGGUGGCUCAAUCCACAAAUUGCUUCAAGAAUAUGGUCCCUUUAGGGAACCUGUUAUUCAAACUUAUACCCGACAGAUUCUUUUAGGACUUGCCUACUUACAUGCAAGAAAUACAGUGCACAGGGACAUUAAAGGGGCAAACAUCUUAGUAGAUCCUCAUGGUGAAAUUAAGUUGGCAGACUUCGGCAUGGCCAAGCAUAUAACUGCUUGUUCUUCAAUGCUUUCUUUCAAGGGAAGUCCUUAUUGGAUGGCGCCAGAGGUUGUAAUGAAUACGAAUGGCUACAGUCUCACUGUGGAUAUAUGGAGCUUGGGAUGUACAAUUCUUGAAAUGGCAACGUCAAAACCACCUUGGAGCCAAUAUGAAGGGGUGGCUGCAAUUUUUAAAAUUGGAAACAGCAAAGAUAUUCCUGAAAUUCCUGAUCACCUUUCUAGUGAUGCCAAAAGCUUUAUAAGGCAAUGCUUGCAACGUGACCCUUCAGCACGCCCUACAGCUGCCCAAUUGCUCGAUCAUCCAUUUGUUCGUGACCCGACAUCUGCAAGAGCUUCUAACAACAACUUAGCCAAGGAUUCAUUUCCUUUUGCAUUUGAUGGAAGCCGCACACCGCCCGUCUUAGAUCUUCAUCCCAUUCCCACGCGAAAAAGUAUCACCUUAUGCGAUGCAGAUUUCAUAUUAAAUCCACUGGUCACAACUUCGAGAGCUGUCAAUAAUCCAAGGGAAAACAUACGAAUGAUCACCUCUUUGCCUGUGUCGCCUAGUUCAAGUCCCUUGCGUCAACACGGACCAGCACACAAGAGUUGUUUUCUUUCCCCUCCUCACCCAACUUACACCACCGCAGUAGGACCAAGCAGCUACAGCAUAGGUGACUACUCAGGUUAUCCGGUGAGAUCAAACCCGAGAUACAUUAGCAACCCUUGGCUCGAUUCCUCUGUAUUAAAAGCACAAACACCAGGUGCAUCCCCAAGAACUAGACCCAUUUGAGUGAGUGUAAAUACCAAAGAAACAAGUGUCUUUCCAAGUCAGUCUCCCCUCAAAUUGCACACUGUAGUGAAAAGGUCUUAGUAUUUUAUGCAUCUUGAGCCAACCCAAUCAAUGUCUAGCAUUUUCCCACCUUUGGAUUCAUUGCAAGUUGGGAAACUUUUGAUGAUGCGUGGGGAGACUUUGAGUCCCUUGAUUUUGUAACAAUAUCAUCUUGAUUAUUGUAAAUGGAAGGUGGUCAAUGUAUUUGUAACAUUUAUGUUGUAUACAAGUUCAUGGGUUAUAUGGCAUAAGAUAAAAGAUCACUGCUUAUACAAGUUGUAAA